AUAACGUAAACAAAAUGAUUUCAAGCCUAUAAUAGUAAAAUUCGACUUCAGUACUUCGAACUGCUGUCCGUCGGUUUUCGGCACCUGCGAUAUUCAAAUUCUUCUGCUAAACCGUUUGCCGAAGGGAAGUUUUCACGUCUAUAUAGUCUCUAUUCGUCCGUUUAUUUUUUUCCAUUUCCGUCGGGCACCUGUGGUGGUGGCGGCGGCGAUCGGCCCGCCUAUUCGCCGAAUCCUGUUUACUGUUCUAAAGGUGUCAUCGAGACAUUGACACCGUGUCCACUCUGCGGAUACAUGUGCGCUUAUACCCUUGCAAUAUCGCCCCAACGAAUCGACAGAUGACGGUUUGAUGACAUGACUGAAGAAAAUUGGACCCAUGUCAGCGACCGAAAGAGAUAUGGAAUCGCCAUUCAUAACUAUCUUCAAAGUGGACCACAUCGUAUCAAACUGUUGGCGGGUGAAUGUGUUCACGUUCUGGAAGAAAGUGCUGAAUGGUAUUACGGGUUUACUUUUAAGAAUAAAUCAACCCACGGAAUAUUUCCUAAAAAAUUUGUUCAUAUCAUGGAUAAUGUCGUUGAAAAAUUUGGGCCAGCUGAGUUGACAGUUUUAAAACAACCACAAAUUGUACAUGAAUUAACCAGCGUUAUACGAGAAUGGGGUGCCAUAUGGAAACAAUUAUACAUAUCUCACAACUCAAAUUUUAAAAAUAUAAAAAAUAAAAUGUACGAAUUAAUAAAUUUUAGAAGUAAAAUAUUAUCUGGUACACUUCCAGUAGAUGAGCUUAAAGAAGUACAAAGACUAGCUACAUCUACCAUAGAUAUUGGAAACAAAUUAUUAGGUCUAGAUAUGGUAGUCAGGGAUGAACAGGGUAAUAUUUUAAAUCCAUUACAUACGCCAACCAUCCAACUAUACAAACACCAUGAAAUUGCCACUGAGCGCAUCCAAAAUUCUCACACUGCUGGUGUAUAUAAAAAGUCAAUUCAACAAAUCAAUUAUUUAUAUAACUACACAGUGUAUUUAUCUGUACACAAUUUUAUGUGUAAAAUGAUGGAUGAUGCUGAACUGCUAUUAACGUUAUAUGAUGCUAAGAGUGGUAAAUCAUUUUCUGAAAAUUUCGCUAUACGAUGGGCAACCAAUAAAAUGGACCAAGGAUGGUCUCAGACUGAUAUUUUUCAUAAUUUCAGAGCUUUAUUCACAGACUUAGGAACCAGGGAUCUAACUCGAGAAAAAGUAUAUUUAGUAUGUUAUAUAAUAAGAAUUGGUGGUAUGGAUAGUGAUAGUAAUAAUAAAAAGAGUUUGGCUACAACACAAAUUCGUAGACCUUGGGGUGUUGCUGCUAUGGAUCUGACUUUGUAUUUUACUCAAAAAUUAGAGAGUGAUGAAGACAAGCAUCAUUUUAUGCCAUUUUUACCAUGUGAAAAGGAUAACCUGGAAAAUACCCUAAAAAGGUAUUUAAAUCUCAGAGACUAUUCUCAUAAAGAACACAAAGGCCAAGGACUGUAUGUCAGUUUUAAAUUGCUUCAUGGGGAUAUUAAACAGGUGCGUGAAGAAUGUCCACAUUUAGUACUUGGUAAUGUUGCCUUGGUGAGAAAAAUGGGCUUUCCAGAAGUUAUAUUACCUGGCGAUGUAAGAAAUGAUCUCUACUUAAUGUUGGUAAAUGGGGAGUUCUCGAGAGGAAGUUUGUCUUCAUCGGACAAAAAUAUCCAAGUUACUGUCACUGCGUGUAAUGAAAAAGGUGUUAAAUUACUAGGUGUAAUCAUGUUAGGUGGUGACUCUGAACCACUUUCAGAUUUUAAUUCUGUUGUUUAUUAUCAUGAAGAUAAACCUCGCUGGUAUGAAAUUGUAAAAUUAGCCAUACCUAUAGAGGAUUUUAAAGGAAGUCAUUUGAAGUUCAUGUUCAAACAUAGAUCAUCUAAUGAAACUAAAGAUAAAAAUGAAAAGCCAUUUGCACUGUCAUUUGUUAAAUUAAUGCAAGAUAAUGGAACUACUUUGAGAGACACGUCACAUGAACUAUUGGUGUACAAAAUCGAUCAUAAAAAAUUUGAUUAUAUGGAUAUAUCGUAUUUAAGUCUUGCUUCAAGGAAAAAUGAAUUAACCGAUACAAAUAAUCAUAUAUCUGUACCUGGACUAACCUUGGCUAAUAAAGAUAUAUUUGUAAUACAGUCAAAUAUUUGCUCAACAAAACUAACACAAAAUGUUGAUCUCUUGGGUUUGUUAAAUUGGACAAGUCACCCUGAUAAAUUACGUACAAGUUUAUCUGCUUUAAUGAUAGUUGAUGGCGAAGAAGUAGUUAAGUUCUUACAAGACGUUUUAGAUGCAUUAUUUAAUAUUCUCAUGCAUAAUUCUGAUUCUGAUCUCUUUGAUAAUAUGGUUUUUGAUUGUUUGUUAUAUAUUAUUGGAUUAGUUUCUGAUAGAAAAUAUCAGCACUUCCAACCAGUUCUUGAUUUAUAUAUUAAAGAAAGCUUUUCUGCAACACUGGCCUAUAAUAAAUUGAUAGUAGUUUUAAAGUUUCAUUUAAGUAACUUGGAUCAAACUGACAAAGAUCUUUUAUUAAAAAUAAUGAAAUCAUUCAAGUAUAUCAUGAAGUUUAUUGCUAGAUCCCGUUUUUUGUUUUCUCAAUUAUAUGAAGGCAAAGGACAACAAACUUUUGAAAUGUCCAUGUAUGAAAUGUUGAAGUUGAUAUCCAAUUUAAUGUGUAGUAAUUCAGAUUCAACAUUAUUUUUACAAGGUGCAUGUCUUAAAUAUAUUCCCUAUUCUAUUCCUGACAUAAUGACUGUCUUUAGUACUACACAAUUAAGUACAUUACUGGUGGAACUCAUUGGUAACUUACCUCCAUCCAGAUUAGUAAAACAAAAGUUGAUUACCAUGAGUGAUAUAGUUCAUAGCCAACUUUUUUUAAACUCAGAUUGCCGUGCCAUAUUACUUCCAUCUAUUCUUGCUAGAAUUAAAGAGCUUUUAGAGUCAUCUGAUGAGGUCGAAAUGUGUGUAAAACUGUUAGGCGACAUAAUGGAUUUGUUGUACGUAGCUGACACGGGAUCGACAUUUCGUGAUAUCACCGAAAUUAUGCUUACUGUCAUGCGUACAGUCAUCCAAACUACCAUUGCGAUGAACCGCGAAGGGACAUUAGUGGGCUACCUCGUGUCUAUCAUGAUAUCAACGUUGCGCCAAAUGACCGCUGAACACUUUGACAUAUACAUCAAAAAUUUUCCUACAAAAAUUGACCUAUUAGAUUUUUUAAUGGAAAUACUGCUUGUCUUCAAGGAUCUUGUCAUACGACCAGUGUUUCCCAAAGACUGGUGUGAGAUGAUAAUGCUUCAGAACAGUGUAAUAUUGAAGUCAUUGAGAUACUUUUCACACACGAUUCGUGACUAUUUCUUUAAAGACUUCGAACAUCAAGCAUGGAAUAAUUUCUUCCACUGUGCUGUCACGUUUUUAACGCAGCCAUCACUGCAGCUCGAACAGUUCUCAUCCAAUAAACGUUGGCGGAUCAUCAGUCGGUACAAGGAUAUGCGCAGGGAAACUGGAUUUGAAAUCCUGAGCAUGUGGUUUAACUUGGGGCAAUACAAAGUAAAUUUUGUCCCUAGUCUGGUGGGCUCCUUUCUAGAAAUGACAUUAACACCUGAAGUUGAAUUACGUAAAGCCACCAUACCUAUAUUCUUUGAUAUGAUGCAAUGUGAGUUUUAUUCGUGUUUUGAUGGUCAUACAAACAAACGGGACUCAAGUAACAUCAAAGCUAAAUUCAAUGACUUUGAAAACGAAAUGAUUGCCAAACUUGAUCACUUGGUUGAAGGUGGUAAAGGUGAUGAACAAUUCAAAGAACUUUUUGAAUCUAUAAUGUUAAGAAAGUGUGAAAAUCAUUCUACCAUGAGAGAUCAAGGUAAUCGAUUUGUUAAAAUAGUUACCGGUCUACUGGAACGAUUACUAGAAUAUCGAGCUGUUAUAAAUGAUGAAAACAAAGAAAAUAGAAUGAACUGUACAGUUAACUUAUUGAAUUUUUAUAUGGAUAUAAAACGACAAGAAAUGUACAUCAGGUAUGUGAACAAACUGUGUUCUCUUCAUUUAGAAUGUGAUGACUUUGCCGAAGCUGCAUAUACUCUUAGACUACAUAGUGAAUUACUAUCGUGGUCGAAUGAUUUAUUGCCACCUUUAUUACGGUCUCCGUUGAGAUACCCGACAUGUGACACACAUAGACAAUUAAAGGAAGCUUUAUACCAUGACAUCAUUGAUUAUUUCGACAAAGGAAAAAUGUGGGAAUGUGCUGUAUGUAUGUGUAAAGAACUAGUGAGACAGUGUGAAAGUGAAACUUAUGACUAUAUACAGCUAAGUUCAUUAUUACAACGUAUGUCAAACUUCUAUGAUAAUAUAAUGAAGCAGCUUAGACCUGAACCAGAGUAUUUUAGAGUUGCAUAUUAUGGCAAAGGUUUUCCUUCAUUCAUACAAAAUAAAGUUUUUGUAUACAGAGGAAAAGAAUAUGAACGUCUAAGCGAUUUCUCAAACAGAACACUGAAUCAAUUUCCUAAUGCUACUUUAAUGCAAACACUAUCAAAACCUGGAUCAGAAAUCACUGAAUCUUUUAAUCAAUAUAUUCAAAUUAAUAAUGUAGAACCUGUAAUGGAUGAACGAAAAGAACAUUUACUAAGAAAACCGAUUAGCCAGCAAAUACUUAGACAUUACAGAGUGAAUGAUGUGAAAAGAUUUAAAUUUUCAAGACCAUUUUACCGCGUAGAUCCUAAGGUAAACUCAAAUGAUGAUAACGAAUUUGCAAAUCUAUGGAUUGAACGCACAGUUUUAGAUACAACGUAUUCAUUACCUGGUAUACUACGAUGGUUUCCAGUUAAACAUUAUGAUACAUAUGAAAUAAGUCCACUUAAAAAUGCAAUUGAGACUAUGCAAGAAACAAAUAAGCAUCUAAGAGAGUUGAUAAUUGCUCAUCGAAAUGAUUCAACAUUGCCAUUGAAUCCUCUGACUAUGAAAUUGAAUGGCAUACUGGAUGCAGCUGUGAUGGGUGGUGUGACUAAAUAUGAAAAAGCAUUUUUCACAUCUGAAUAUUUAAUGAAUCACGAAGAAGAUGAACAAUUUAUCGAAACAUUAAAGGAUUUAGUUGCUUCUCAAAUACCAUUAUUAGAUAUUGGUGUAAAAGUACAUAGUGCACGAGCUCCACCGUCUUUGACUCCUUUGCAGUCACGUUUUGAAGACUGUUUUGAAAAAAUGAAAACACACAUUGAAGAAAAUUAUGGCAAAAAAACUUGUGAUAUUAAAUUUGAUGUGAUCAAAAUGAGAAGACAUACAACUGCGGGAAGUCGUUUUAACGAAAAAAGAUAUUCUGGUUCUAGCAUUGGAUCUACAGAAGGACAAAAUGGUGUAACUAAACAAUCUCUCAUGUCAACAACUUCAUUGUCUUCCAGCUUGGCUAUCUUUGCAGGACCCGUAUUAGUAUCUAGUUCGAAUAAAUUUGGAACUAUUGGGGCGCUCACAAGAAAAGAUAAAAAAGAAAAAAAAAGACGAAAUAGAACUGUAUCAAAAAUGGCAACAACAAAUGAUAGAGAUGUGAGCAUUUCUAGCAGCUCUACUAGCAACAGUCAAUGGUAUGCAGUGCCGGAUGCUGAUAAUAUGUCUUUGAGUUCUAUAAACAGUAAUCUUAGUGUAUUUUCUUCUCCAACACCUGUCAUUGAAUUACGGCAAGAGUUGACACCUAAGAGGCCUCUGCGCUCAGAAAUGGAAAAAGAGAGGCGUUUAAGUCGGCCUAAUAGUGGUCAAUAUCAAUUUUCAAAGUUACCAUCCAUGAACAGUCUUAACAGAGAUUCAUUGGUAGCAACAGAUUCAACGGCAAGUGAUGAUGACACUCCUCCACCAUUACCUGCAAAAACCAGAGAAUCAGAUUAUUCAAACCUUUCAGACAAGGAUAGUUUGGGCUUGCCAGAUUAUUGUAGUCCUAUUAUAAAUAACAAUAUUAUGUCAGAACAGCCGUUACAAUUAAUUAACUCACAAGAAAACAAUAGACCACCAACACCUCCUCCCAAGAAACCCCCAAUGAAAGCUCCUGUAUAAAAAAUGUUUAAUUUAUUGAUUUUUGUUUCAUAAAUAAUAAUAAUAAAAAAAAAAAAAAAAUGAAGCU